AAUAUAUGUACCUACAUCACACGCACUUGUUGCUUGCUAUACCUGAAUAUAGUUGUGAAGAAACCACUUUCCGUUGCUAUGACAGAACCGGCAUCGCAACGACUUUUGUUUUUUUAACCAAGCGCAAAUUUGUUCAAACUUCUAUUUCUGCAAUGGAUAAAACCAUGGAAAAACAACCAAUUAGAAAGCCGAAGCCUAAUUUUAACUUUUCGAAAGCAAUUACUAAGCUACCUUUAUCGACUAUCGACGACCGAAAGAAACGAAUUGCUGCUCGAACGCUGAAACUUCACCAAACGCUGCCUAUCAAUAUUGAAGAACUCAUCGAAAAUCGGGUUAAAAAGUUUCGGGACAAUAGUUUUAUAUUUUUAACCUAUGCUUUUCCACGAAGUAGUGAGCGUUUUGGUCCGUAUAACUUUAUAGAAGUACCAUUCAGCAAAGUCGACAAACACGAAUACUAUACUGUCAGCCGGCACGGCGUAACAUAUUGGAGCGAUGCGGAGAACCAUUUCAGUCAUUUGAAAGAUUGGGUUGAUGAUUAUGAGAAAUACAAGACAUUGUCCAAGCUCAAUUUUUUCCGACAUUACCGUCGCUCUAAAGCCUUCCGCACCUGGCGUCGAAACAUUAAAUGGGCGAAGUACAAUGCCGCUAGACAAGCAUUUUCUGCUAGUUCAUUUUUUGCAAUGCCCCGACUAGCGAAGUCCUUGCUGUACAUGAGGGAACAGUACAUGCAGUUGAUUUAUUUUAGAUUUUUCGACGUUUCGAUAAUGGAGAAUUGGCACUUACCGUACUUUGUUGAAACCCAGAUGGUUACAUAUGAGCAGGUGCGCGAUUUGCUCAUUCAGCUGAAUAUAAAAUUAAAGGAAGUCCUCUACGACGCUUGCUGUAGCACUCUCAUAGAUCGUGGGUAUUCUCCCCAGGACGAAGCGAUAAACUGUCCUAACAAAAAGAAAAUGAAAGAAAUGAUGAGCUUUACGGAACGUGCUAACAAGCGGAAAUUGUGUGCACUGCUAGCGAGAUUUCUUGGAUAUGCCGAUCACAUGAUGAUCAAUUUAUUGCACCAAAUCCUUGGCGAAUCGUUUCGUAGUUUGUCCGGUGUGUUUAGGAGGUACGAUCUAGCGAAUGGGAAAGAAAUAGUACCUUUUAUGAACAUCGAAUUGUUACUGAAACGAACAGGAAUUGACGUUGAUCCAUCGAGAGAUAUAACCGUUUCAUUCCUGGACAAAAUUUGCUCUAUGGUGGUGGAGUCUGUAAGAGGCAUUAAGCGGUUCCAGAGUGACCCUUAUUUUAUUUUAUUCACCGAACCGAUCAUCAUGGGCCGUCAAGAGGAUCGUUUAUGUGGAGCUACUCCCAGUUUUGAUUUCAUCAUAGACAGUGACACUGAGUUAAUCGAAAAUAUACAAUCUGUCAAUCUAUACAUGAACGCGGCAUAUGAUGCUGUGGACGUAUACAUACUACAAUUCAACAAAAUCCGAGACAAUUACCUGCAGGCAUUGUCAAUGGACCAAAACCAAAUAAGGGAUGAGACUGAUCUGGCAAAGUUGACGCUUUUCUGCGAACGGUAUAACGCAGAAAUGGCAGACCUUGAGAACAUACAGGAAUCUCAAAAGUUGGGUUUACUGCAAAUCAAACAAGCCACUUUCCGCGAGGAGAUCAUUCCAGUCUGCCAGGAACUGUUGACUGUGCUGGACGAAACUCUGCCAAAAUUGGCAAUGGAGAAAAUUAAUUUUGUUGAACAAAAGGGUGAAGAGAUUUCAACAAAACUUUUGAUAACUCCCGAAGAAACGAACCAUUACAUCUAUUAUUUCAAUUUUCUCGAGAUAUGCCACGAACAUGUAGAAAAUUUGGAAAAAGAGCUAAACUAUGCGUACGAAGCUUUGAAAAUAAUGAAAAUAUACUGUAUACCAUUUAGAGAUGAGGACAAGGAUAAGUAUUUGGACAUGGAAGAGCUGGUAGUUCAAAUAAAGGAUAUCAUGACUAUGAAGCGCGAUCAGAAACAAGAAUUGAUUGACAAGUUUAAUCUGUGCCUGCAGACGGAUAUAGCGAAGAUCUUUUCUGAAGUUGAGGACAUCAGCGAACAGGUUCUUCAGGAAUGGCUACUGGACGUCAAUUCCGAUCCGAUGCAGGUGCGCGAUUGUUUGAUCGACCUUUCGGAGCGUCUCACUUCGUGCCAACGGAAAGCUCAAGAGUACAAGAAAUAUCAGAAAGAGUUUCGUCUCGAAGUUUCCCGAUUUGAUAAACUUGCUCUAGUGAUUAAUGAGGUUAAAUUACGUCAAACUCUUUGGGAUAGUGUGCAGCAAUGGAAGGAUAGUGUGGAACUUUGGAACGAGAUUAAGUUUUUCGAGCUGAAUGUAGAAGAAGUGGAAGCAUUGAAUACCAAAGUCCUGAAAAAUUGUGCUAUGCUUGAUAAGAAUUUGCCCAAAAAUGAAAUUAUACCAAAGUUGAAACUUGAAGCAGACGAAUUCAAAGAGAAGAUUCCAGUGUUGUCAUAUCUGAGAAAUCCUGCGUUGAAAAAUCGACAUUGGAUAAAAAUAGAGCAAAUUCUAGACCGGAAAGUAUCCGGUGAGGAAGAUAUAUUCUUACACACAUUCGAAGAUGCAAAUGCGUUCGAGGAGGAAAAUGCAAACGAGCUAAUGGAGGUGGCUAACAUGGCUAGUGCCGAAGCAGGUUUAGAAACUCUGCUCAGUAAAGUGGAAAAUGCUUGGAAAGAGCUGGAAUUGACCAUUGUAUCUCAUAGGGAUGCACGAGAUGUUUUUAUAUUAGCUGGUGUGGAUGAGAUUCAAGCGAUACUGGACGAAUCGAGCAUUAAUAUUAGCACUAUAGCCGCAUCGAGGCACGUGGGACCUAUCAAAGCUAAGGUGGAUGAGUGGGCUAGACAGCUGGAUUUAUUCUCACGUACCCUAGACGAAUGGAUGACUUGUCAGCAAUCGUGGAUUUAUUUGGAAGCUAUAUUUACAGCGCCAGACAUACAGCGUCAACUUCCUCAUGAAGCCCAGAUGUUUUUGCAAGUUGACAAGAGUUGGAAAGAUCUUUUGCGGCGUACGCGUAAGACGCCUAUGGCGUUGAGUGCUAUGACAUCUGAAGGAGUGCUUGAACAGCUUCAGAUCAACAACGUUUUACUGGAGAAAGUAACACGGUGCUUGGAGGCAUACUUGGAAGUGAAACGAAUGGCAUUCCCAAGAUUCUAUUUUCUUUCAAACGAUGAGCUACUGGAGAUCUUAGCGCAGACUAAAAAUCCCCAUGCGGUACAGCCGCAUUUGCGGAAGUGUUUCGAUGCGAUUGCUGCCAUUGAAUUUUGCAAGAAGAAAACAGAAACAGGUGAAACUGUGAUGACUAACGACAUUAUAGCGAUGAUCUCGCCGGAAGGUGAAAGAUUAACAUUCGGUGUAGGUCUGAAAGCACGGGGAGCCGUAGAAGACUGGUUGUCCAAAGUGGAAGAAUCCAUGUUUCUAUCUGUUAAACGCUAUAUGCGGCUAGGCUAUCGAUGCUAUCCAGCAAAGGAUCGCUCGUUUUGGAUGCAGGAACAUCCCAGUCAAGUGGUGCUAACCGUUUCUCAGCAGCAAUGGUGCGCCAAUGUACACUCCAUUUUAGACGGCAAAGGGAAUGUUGGAAUGAAGAUGGCGGCUUUCAAAGAAACCUUGACGAAAAAUUUAGCUAUUUUAGCAUCGAUUGCUCGAACGAACAUCUCGAAGCUUGUUCGUAAGGUGUUGUGUGCCCUUAUCACCAUAGAUGUUCACGCCAAGGACUCAAUUUGUCAGCUCGUUGAUAAACAGAUUACAAAAUCAUCGGAUUUCGAGUGGCUGAAAAUGCUUCGAUACUACUGGGUUGAUGAGAACGACACUGUUGAAACCAAAAUGGCGUCGGCAAAUCUUCCUUAUUUUUAUGAAUAUCUAGGGGCGGGAGGAGUUCUUGUAAUUACUCCGCUCACUGAUCGUUGCUAUUUAUGUCUGAUGGGAGCUUUGCAAAUGGAUCUUGGUGGAGCUCCUGCAGGUCCAGCGGGUACUGGUAAAACCGAAACUACCAAAGAUCUUGCCAAGGCACUUGCAAUCCAAUGUGUGGUGUUCAAUUGUUCAGAUGGGUUGGAUUACAAGAUGAUGGGUAGAUUCUUCACCGGAUUGGCUCAAUCAGGGGCGUGGUGUUGUUUCGAUGAGUUCAAUAGAAUUGACAUUGAAGUGUUGUCUGUAAUCGCGCAGCAGUUGAUCACAAUUAGGAACGCGAAAGCUAUGAAAAUGAAACGUUUUAUCUUUGAAGGGAGAGAAAUCAAACUAAAACCAUCAUGUGCGGCUUUUAUCACUAUGAAUCCUGGAUACGCGGGAAGAACAGAGCUGCCGGAUAACUUGAAAGCAUUAUUUCGCCCCAUAUCUAUGAUGGUACCGGACUAUGCGUUGAUUGCUGAGGUAAUUUUAUACUCCGAGGGAUUUGAAGCAUCGAAGGUGCUGGCGAAGAAGAUGGUUCAGAUGUACAAACUGUGCAGUGAGCAACUAAGUCAACAAGAUCAUUACGAUUUCGGGAUGCGAGCGGUGAAAAGUGUUCUCGUGAUGGCUGGAGCCUUGAAACGCGCGUCGCCCGAUCAGUCGGAAGAUAUUACGCUGAUUUGUGCUUUGAGGGACUCAAAUCUUCCCAAAUUUCUGACGAAUGAUGCUAUCCUCUUCAAUGGGAUUCUGGGAGAUUUGUUUCCAGGUAUUGAUUUACCGCAGGCUGAAAGAGGCAAUCUUCAAGCGGCCAUUGAGGCGUGCAUGCAGCAGAAUAAUCUACAGCCUGUUCCAGAACUUGUUCUUAAAGCCCUUCAGUUGUAUGAAACGAUGGUAGUUCGCUGGGGUGUCAUGUUGGUCGGACCUACCGGUAGUGGUAAAACUAGUACAUUGCAUACACUUGCUUGUGCACUACGAAAAUUGUACAGUGAUAUGGUAGAUGGUCCUUACUACAAACCGGUUAAUAUACAAACUUUGAACCCAAAAGCUAUCACGAUGGAUGAAUUGUACGGUUUCGUCAAUCUGGCCACAAUGGAAUGGAAGGAUGGUUUACUCGGACUCGCAAUUCGCUCGGCGGUUAACGUUUUAGAGGAAGAACAUCAAUGGGUGGUUUGUGACGGGCCGGUAGAUGCGGUGUGGAUAGAGAAUCUCAACACGGUGUUGGAUGACAAUAAAAUGCUAUGUCUGGCCAACUCUGAGCGUAUAAAACUUACGAGCUGGGUGCAUAUGGUAUUCGAAGUUCAAGAUCUAGCCCAGGCAUCUCCGGCAACCGUUUCUCGAUGUGGCAUGGUAUAUUUGGAUCCCCUUCACCUGGGCUGGUCUCCUUUGAUUGUUUCAUGGCUGGAAACUGUUGAAGAGCAUCAUUUGGAUUUGGAUUUGAAGGAGCACAUUAUGUUACUUUUCCAGCGGUAUUACGAUGAAAUGGUGAAAUACAUCAAUAGGAAAUGUCGGUGGAGCAUUUAUCAAGUGAACAUAAGUAAACUUACUCUGAUGACCCAGCUGUUUCUUUUGCUGUUGAAACAAACUCAGAACAUAAAUCUUAUGGAACGAGGUGAUGCUAAAAAUUACAUAUUUAAACUAUUUACUUGGUGUACGCUGUGGUCGUUUGCCGGUAAUCUACUGGACGAAUCAAAGAUUGGAUUUGAGAAGUUCCUUCGAAGUUUAUUCGAUAAAGAUGAAUCAGCAUUACUGCCCGACGGAUCCCUCUGGGACUACAGAGUCAACACAUCAGCAAAAGUUUGGGAGAACUGGAUUGCGAUUCAUGCUCAGUUUGACUAUAACCCCAAUAUUGCAUAUUUCGAUCUGCUGGUACCAACCCUUGAUACUACAAAGUAUGGUUUCGUAGCCGAAAUGCUUUUCCGAAGCCAGCAUCCUGUUCUUUUCACCGGCGACACAGGUGUAGGGAAAUCAGUGUUAGCUCGAGAUAUUCUAAACAGACUGAUGAAGGAAAAUGUGAUGCCUAUCUUUGUGAAUUUCUCGGCCCAAACGGAAAGUGCCCGUACACAGGAAAUUAUCGAAUCAAGACUUGAGCGACGUAAAAAAACACUUUUGGGUGCUCCAAUUAACAAAAAAAUUAUAAUUCUCAUCGAUGACGUAAACAUGCCCAAACUGGAUGUCUACGGAAGCCAACCACCGAUUGAAUUACUUCGGCAGCUUUUGGACUUCCACGGCCUCUACGACCGAGAUAAAAUGUACUGGAAAAGUAUUGUGGACGUUACUUUGGGUGCAGCAUGUGCGCCUCCGGGAGGAGGUCGCAAUACUCUGACGCCACGAUUUAUUCGCCAUUUUGCCCUAUUCUCUUUGCCCACACCUAAUAGCGAUACAAUGAAGACGAUUUUCAAAGCAAUUCUAACUGGAUUCUUGCUUGAUUUCAGCAAGGUUUUGCAGCCUCUAGCAGAAUCAAUUAUAGAAGCUGCAGUUGCGGUUUACGAAAGAAUUUCCGAGGAAUUACUGCCCACCCCGAAGAAGUCUCAUUACGUGUUCAAUUUGCGGGAUCUUUCGAAAUGUGUACAAGGUGUCCUUCAAGCCGACCCGUCCUCCUAUGUGAAUCCGGUACAGCUACUUCGUCUGUUUUAUCAUGAGUCUAUGCGGAUCUUUUACGAUCGUUUGGUGAGCGAACAGGAUAAGUCAUAUUUCACACAGCUGUUGCAAGAUUGUUGUGAAAAAUAUUUCGAGACCACUGUCGUUCACCCGGGUGAGAGUGUUCUUUUUGGUGAUUUCAUGAUUUUCGGACAACCGUCAGAAGACCGAAUUUAUGAGGAAAUUAAAGAUUCGAAAAAGUUGAAAAACAUUCUCAUUGACUAUCUGGAGGACUACAAUUCGACGGGAGGAAAGGAGAUGAAUUUGGUUUUCUUUCUUGAUGCAAUUGAACACAUUGUCAGACUUGCUCGAUUAUUAAGAUCGGAGCGGGGAAAUGGCCUUCUGGUCGGUGUUUCCGGUAUGGGCAAACAAAGCUUAUCAAGGCUAGCUGCGCACAUGAAUGGCUAUCAAUGUAAUCAGAUUGCGCUUCGUCGAGGAUAUGAUCAUGUUUGCUUUCAUGAAGAUUUGCGAAAAAUUUAUUGGAUUGCAGGCGUGUUGAGUAAACCUGUUGUGUUUCUUAUAACCGAUACACAGAUAGUGAGGGAGGAAUUUAUGGAAGAUAUAAACAAUAUUCUGAACUCUGGAGAAGUACCAAAUUUGUUUGAAGGUGAUGAAUACGAAAAGAUAAUAUUAAAUACUAGGCAACCCUGUAUUGAAAGUGGAUUUCCAAACACUUCGAGAGACGGAAUAUUUGAAUUCUUCACCAAGCGUGUUCGAGCGAAUUUGCAUGUAAUUAUUUGCAUGAGUCCCAUUGGGGACACAUUUAGGCGUCGCUGCCGAAUGUUUCCAUCUCUGGUAAACUGCUGUACAAUUGAUUGGUUCGUGAAAUGGCCUGCCGAAGCCUUGCUCACUGUAGCUGUGGGUUACCUCAAAGAUGUCGCAGAAAGCGAUGUUCAAGGUAGACACCUCGCACAGGUUUGCGUCAUGAUGCACGAGAGUGUGGAGAACAUGUCGGAAAAGUUCUACCGAGAAAUGCGCCGAUACUACUACACCACCCCAAGCAGCUAUCUACAAUUGUUGAAUCAAUACCGUGUGUUGGUUCACAAACGCGUUGAAAUAAUAAUUCAAAAGAAGGACAGAAUUGCCAAUGGGUUGAGUAAAAUUCUUGAAACAAAUCAAGUGGUGGCAGAAAUGGGAGAGGAGCUCAAACAAUUUGUCCCAAUUCUAGAGGAGAAAUCCAGAAACAUGAAAGAUCUUCUAGCAAAAUUGGAUAAGGAUAAUACAAUUGCAGAAGGAGUCAAACGGAGUGUGGCGAAAGACGAAGCGGAGGCCAAAAUUAAAGCCGCAGAAACACAGGAAAUAGCCGACGAGGCUGCUAGAGAUUUGGAAAUUGUUAUGCCUACAUUAAAAGCCGCUCAGGAUGCCCUGAAGGCACUGAACAAGAAUGACAUCAAUGAGCUGCGUGUGUUCCAAAAACCUCCCAAACUUGUUCAGUUUGUUAUGGAGGCAGUGCUGAUACUACUUGGUGCUAAAACUGACUGGAACAGUGCAAAAGUUGUUAUGGCGGAUGUGAACUUCUUGAAACGACUUGAAGAGUACGACAAAGAACAUAUUCCCGAGACAAUACUUAAGAAACUUAAAACAUACAUAGAACAUAAAGAUUUUCAACCUCCAAUUAUUGAAAAAGUGUCCAAAGUGGCCAAGUCGAUGUGCCAGUGGGUGAUAGCAGUGGAAAGGUUCGCCAAAGUCUACAAGGUGGUUGAGCCGAAAAUACAAAAACAAAAAGCAGCUGAAGAGGAACUGAGUCAGGUGAUGCAACUUUUGAAGUCUAAACAGAACGAGCUUGCCGAAAUCGAAGCGAAAAUUCUAAUGCUGAUGGCCAAUUUAGACGAGAAAAAGCGCGAAAUGAAAGUGCUUCAGGAUCACAACGACUUGACUACUACCCGCCUCAAUCGAGCAGGUCGCCUAACCUCAGCUCUGGCGGACGAAGAAAUUCGUUGGCGAGAUACGGUACAAGAACUAACGGCUGAACAGUUUGCGGUGCCCGGAGAUGUUCUGGUGGCUUCCGCUUACGUUGCUUAUUUGGGAGCUUUUCCAAUAAAUUACCGACACGAAAUUUCUAUGAAUUGGGUAGAAGAAUGCAGAAGCUUGAAUAUACCGAGCAGUGAUAGCUUCGAUCUGAUAAAAAUUUUAGGCGAUUCGUAUCAGAUCAGGCAGUGGAACAUGUUCGGUUUGCCGAGGGAUGAGAUCUCGGUAGAGAACGGAAUCAUUGCGACGCAGGGCGGUAGAUGGCCUUUGAUGAUCGAUCCUCAAGAACAAGCGAAUCGCUGGGUGCGCAACAUGGAAGCGGCUAACGAGCUUAGGAUUAUAAAACUUACAGACACUAACAUGAUGCGUAUACUGGAAAUUUGUAUUAGACAAGGCCUCCCGAUGCUUAUUGAAGAUAUACAGGAAACAUUGGAUCCUGUUUUGGAGUCGGUUUUGCUAAAGCGUGUAUUCAUACAAAACGGGAGACUUAUGAUAAAGCUGGGUGAUGUGGAUGUAGAUUACGACAGUAACUUUAGAUUGUACAUGACAACUAAGCUAGCCAAUCCUCAUUUUUUGCCUGAAAUCUGCAUUCAGGUUAGCUUGGUGAAUUUCCUGGUUUCCCGUGGCGGUUUGGAAGAUCAACUACUCGCUGAUAUUAUUAAAAUUGAACUCCCGGAAAUGGAGAAACAGCGCAGCGAUCUCAUCGUUAGAAUUAAUGCCGACAAGCAGCAACUGCUGCUCUUGGAAGAUAAAGUAUUGAGACUGCUGUACAGUUCAAAAGGAAACAUCCUAGAUGACGAAGAACUAGUGGAUGCCCUGAACGAGUCGAAGGAAACCUCGGCCGUCAUAGCCGAUCGACUCGUUGAGACGGAAAAAACCGAGAAAACUAUCGCCGCAACUCGAGAAAAAUACCGCAUCCUAGCGUCACGGGGAGCCGUACUGUACUUUGUCGUGUCAUCUCUGGCUGAAAUUGACCCAAUGUAUCAGUUUAGCCUGCGAUAUUUUUCACAGGUGUACUGCUCUGUAAUCGCAAGACCCCAUGUGAAAAUGGAGCUUUCGGAUCGAUUGACAAACCUACUCAAUGAUAUUACAUUUACUGUCUUCGCGAAUAUUAGUCGCGGUUUGCUGGAGAAACAUAAAACGAUUUAUGGAUUUUUAUUGACCGCCGCAAUAAGCAAAGAGGAUAACGAGUUCACAGACCAGCAGCUACAUUUUAUUUUGAGAGGGUCUCCCAAUCAAAAUUUUUCUGUUGCAGAAAAACCCAAUUUUGUGUCAGAAAAUCAAUGGUUUAGCUGUAGAUAUCUUGAAGAAAAUUUCAAACACUUCUCUGGAUUAUCGAACUGCUUGCACGAGUCAAUAGAAAUUGGCAUCCAAGAUUUCAAAGAAAACGUGUCCCCGAAACCAAAGCCAGCAGCUUCAACUAAAGAUUGGAACGCGUUACUUACUGGUGCGGAGAAAUUGAUGCUUAUUGCUGCGUUGAAAGACGAAAGCCUUGUUAUCGCAAUCACCGAACUAAUUCGGUUCAAGUUAGGCAACCAAUAUACAGAGCCGCCGAAAAAUACCAGUUUACCUUCACUGUACGAAGACAUUUCGCCUACAACUCCUCUUGUUUUUGUGCUAUCUCCCGGAUCCGAUCCAAUGACUGCCUUGAUCAAAUUUGCACAAGAGAAAGAAUUUGCUGAGAAACUGUUCUCAAUUUCUUUAGGCCAGGGCCAGGGUCCCGCUGCAGAAACUUUAAUUGAAAAUGGAGCAAAACAUGGCCAUUGGGUGUUUCUUCAAAAUUGUCAUCUUGCUACUUCGUGGAUGGAGUCUAUGGAGAAAAUAGUCACCAACAUUGCUAUGGGUUUGCAGACAGUCCACGAUGGAUUUCGUUUGUAUUUGUCUUCGAUGCCUGUAAAGACAUUUCCCACUAGUGUGCUUCAAAACUCAGUCAAAGUUACAAAUGAACCACCGAAAGGUUUGCGUGCUAAUUUAGUUCGUUCGUUAGACGAGUUAGAUAGGAGUGAAUUCGAAAUGCAUGUGCUAGGGCAGCAAUGGAGAAGCAUGGUUUUUGGACUCUGUAUGUUUCACGGAAUAAUUUUAGAGCGAAGAAAAUUCGGCCCACUCGGUUGGAAUAUAACUUACGAGUUCAAUGAAAGCGACCGCGAAUGUGCAUUGCGAACUCUUGAUAUCUAUUGUGAGCGAGAAAUGAAGGCUCCCAUCCCGUGGGAUGCUUUAGAGUACAUUAAUGGGGAAAUCACCUACGGCGGAAGGGUAACGGAUAGCUGGGAUCAACGAUGUCUAAGAUCGAUUUUGAAAAUAUUUUCAUCCGACAGAAUACUAUCCGAAGAUUAUCAGUAUAGCGAUAGUGGAUUAUAUCAUUGCCCAAAAGGUCGAAAAUUGGACGAGUACAAAGCAUAUGCUAACGCUCUAUCGAUACACGACCCACCAGAAAUGUUUGGAAUGCAUGAAAAUGCCAAUAUAAUCUUUAAUAGAAACGAAACUAUGUUCUUUGUGAAUACGUUAUUGGAUAGUCUCAGUGGUGGCGAAGCUUUGGGUGAAACAGCUUUGGCAGCAAUGGACAAACUGUGUCUGGAUAAAAUUCAAAGCAUUAGAUCAGCAGUCGCUCGGAAUAUAAACAGUGACAAUCCGUAUCCGGAUUUGAUGAAACGCGACAGCAAGAACCGCAUUCCUUCUUUGACAACUGUAUUAUUGCAGGAAAUAGAACGUUUCGAUAGACUGUUGCAAGUGAUUCAUAAUAAUUUGAACGAUUUGGAGAAAGCCAUUCAAGGCUUCGUUGUUAUGUCGGAAAGUUUGGAGACAAUAUAUCGCGCUUUCACUAACAAUCAAGUUCCACAAUUGUGGCAUAACAAAGGGUUUUUGUCUACAAAGUCAUUAGGAAGUUGGAUGUUUGAUCUGCAACAACGGAUUGACUAUGUGCAAUCGUGGAUUGAUGAUGGCUUGCCGAUUUCAUCUUGGAUUUGCGGGCUUUUCUUUCCUCAAUCCUUCUUAACUGGUACACUGCAAACCUAUUCGCGACAAAACGACAUACCCAUUGACACCUUGCGGUUCGAUUUUGAAAUCAUGGGUUGUACUCUGAAUCAGCAGGUUGUCUACGAGCGGAGGACUAGAGGACAAAAAAGUAAUUCAUUUUUCGAGGAUCUCAAGGUACCGGAUCAUGGGAUAUUGGUGCACGGAUUAUUCGUGGAAGCUGGCCGCUGGGAUCUGAAAGAGGGAGGUUUGUGUGACGCGCGUCUAGGAGAACUUGUAUCCCGGCUUCCAGUAGUUUGGUUGAAGCCAUGUGUGCUGCUGGAUGUUAGAAACCGAUAUGAAGCGCCGUUAUACAAGACGAGUGUACGAGCUGGAGUGCUAUCCACAACUGGGCACUCUACCAACUUUGUUCUAUCGAUUCUUUUGGAAACGAAGAAAUCUUCAGAUUAUUGGAUUCUGCGAGGAACAGCUCUAGUGACGCUUAUCACUGACUAAUGUGCAUUUUUUCAAAUAAAAAGAAAAUGUACAUUGCCUAUGUUACUUUAAACCUAGCAAAGUAUCAAUAUUAGCUUCCACUUCUUUCACAGCUUUUUCUGCGUGUGCAGUGCUAGUAACUAUUUCA